AGGGCUCUGGCUGACAUCUUAAGGCAGCAGGGACCAAUCCCAAUAGCACACUGUGAAAGAGAGACUAUCUCGGCCAUAGAUACCUCCCCCAAAGAAAACACCCCAGUCAGGACAUCUUCCAAAAACCAUUACACCCCUGUGCGCACCUCCAAAAGUAACCCAGGUCACUAUGGAAAGGAUAUUUAUCGAAGUGGAGGGCCAGAUCUCCAUAAUUUCAUCUCCUCCGGGUUUGUCACGUUAGGACGAGGACACACGAAGGAUGACCAAGAACAAAAUUAUAAUCACCUGAUACUAAACAGUGCCACCCAGACACCUACACAUGACAAGCCACGGAUGAACAACAUCCUUACUUCUGCCACUGAACCUUAUGAUCUGUCCUUCUCCCGGUCCUUCCAGAACCUGUCUCACCUCCCACCAUCCUACGAGUCUGCCGUCAAGACAAACCCAAGUAAAUAUUCUUCUCUGAAGAGACUAACUGACAAAGAGGCUGAUGAGUAUUACAUGAGGAGGAGACACCUGCCCGACCUGGCAGCCCGGGGCACACUCCCUAUCAAUGUCAUCAAAAUGUCUCAGCAGACCAACCACAGGGAAAGGCCCCGCCGUCCCAUCAGGGCCAUGUCCCAGGACAGGGUGCUGUCCCCUGAGAGGAUCAUGCCUGAGGAGUUUAGCAUGUCCUAUGAACGGAUCCUCUCAGACGAACAGCUUCUGUCCGCGGAGCGCCUCCACUCCCAAGACCCCCUGCUCUCCCCGGAGCGGUCGGGAUACCCCGAGCAGUCGAUGUCGCGGGCAUUGUCACACACAGACGUCUUUGUUUCCACACCCGUCUUGGAUCGCUACAGGAUGACAAAAAUGCACUCCCAUCCCAGUGCCUCAAAUAACUUGUACAAUACCUUAGGUAUGAACCCAACUUCCGCCAAGCGCCAAGCAUUUGCCUCCCGACGGCACAACACGGUAGAACAACUGCAUUAUAUUCCAGGACACCACCAUCACUACCGCACAGCAAGCAAAACAGAGGUGACUGUUUGAUAUCAUGACCUCGAGCAUUGUAGAUAUUCAGUAAGGACCGGGGUGGCCACCGCACCCCAUACUGCAGUGGCCUUAUAGGCCAAGAUAACCUCUAAUAAAUCAGUGUCUGAAAAGACUUCUCUGACAGUCCCACCCACGUUGUUGUUUUUAAAGCCACCCCUACAUUGCUGACAUAAGGAGAACCCAACCAAACUGAAGUUAGUGAGGGAUAAUGGAGGAAGUUUCCUGACAUGCAUCAGUUUCUGUCAAAGAAAGCCAUAGUAGUAGAUGGCUCCUUCCAAGGGCUCACCUGCAUUAUCUGAUUAUUUUUAUCAAUUUAGGACUUUUCAAUUGCUACAAGCAGAACCAGUCUCAUGCAGCCUGUGACAGGGAAGAGAAAAUGCAGCACCCCAUCCUGGCAGGAAGGGGCCCUGUUCUCAUCCCUCAUGCCAGCCAUCAUGGUUGACCUUUCAGUAGCAAGUAGGUAAGCUUCUGGCUGCUGGGGAACACCUCCAGACAGCUUGGUAUCAGCUAGCACCCAUCCAUCUGGUCUUCCUCACCCUUGGAGCAAAUUCAAGGGAAGACUUUGCUAGGGGACUGGAAGAUCUAGGGGCGAGAAUAGCCUGGCUGAGAAAUAACAAUUUAGUUUAUAUUAAAUAUACUCAUAAGAUAAAAAUAUACUAGUGCCUACAAAUCGCCUGCUCUCUCAGUGUAGGAAGUAGUGGGGUUGAUGUGUUCAAUAAGCACAAAUAUACUGAAAUGCUUGUUAGACCCUUUCUCCACUCAUUCUAGUAUCUCGGUGUCUCCAACGUGUAAAUAGGAAGGGGGAACAGGCUCUCUCUUCCUUCAGCUUCUUGCCACUGCUGAGCCUACAGCACCAGAAUUUGUUCAGCUUCACAGUGCUGGCCUGUACUGGGGAAAGCCCUGACUCCAUGAAAACCCCUGCCAGGAAAGGCUGUUACAGUUUUCAGUGAGCCUGGAUUUCUCCACAGGAGUUUCUUUUCCUGACAGUAUUUUCCACCGGCACAGUUCCCCUGUUUCUAGACAUAUUUCCUCCUCGACAACCUAGAACUCUGUAUGUAGCAAAUCUUUCUAUCCAUUAGCAGAAACACAAAGCUGAGGGUGUCUGCCUACCGAAAAGCAGGCCGGUAGUUUUCUGUGAUUGUCUUACUAGGUAAUGGCCCAGGAAAGAAACCUUCCAAAUUCCAAUUCCACUGAGUCCCAGUCCUAGCCAUGCAGACAGUUACAUUUCAUGCAUAUAAAUUAUAUAUCCAGCAUAAUUAUAAUAAAUGGGCAUGUUGUAUAUCUGAUAUAAUGGUAAUUAGAUACUGUAUAUUUGUAAAAUCUUUAAAAAAUAGACUCAUGCGUCCAAAAUUUGUGAGGGUUUUAUCUCUGGCUUUCUAGACAGCUUGAGAUCUGGUUUAUUUAUCUAUUUAUUUAUUUAUCUAUUUAUUUAUUUAUUUACUUUCUUCUUAUUUUUUGUUCUUAUCAAAUUCUGUGGAACCAACUCACACUAGAACGCACUUCUUUGGCCACGAAAAGAUUUCAGAGGUUCUGGAGGCCCCCCAGACCCAGUGCAGUAACUACAGUACUGCCAGACACUAUCCAGCACUCUCUGUCCUUGGUGUGAACUCAAAGCACCAUCACAUGCACCACACACACACAUGCACCCAACCCAAAUGACAGGCAUGCUCCCUCCUCGGGGUGAAAAGAUGACUGAAUUUAGAUUGCAAACAUGUUCCCAUAUGGUACUUUUCACAACCUACUUACCCACAUUGAGGCUUCUCCUACCUGACUCUUUACUAAACUCCAUUUAAAUUAUCUCUGUUCUCCUCCCGUCAAAUACCUCCCACCUCCAGGCCUUAAUGCUGUUCCCAGCUCAAUGCUACAUACAAGGAUUGUGUGUUGUUGUGAAUUUGACUCUCACAUGGCAGCUGAUGAUGCAGUACCUGGAUCUCCUGGUGCAGCAUAGGCAGGACGAGCAUGCUGUCUUUUCCAGGUGGAAUUUAGAGAGGCCACAGAGGGGGAGCCAAGCUGACUUUCACUGUGCUGCAGUUUUUCAAAAGGUAUCCAAGGCCCUUCUCUUUCCCACACCAUCCUGGGGUUGCUGCUCCUAGCUUAUGGACUUUCUUCUGCCCCACCUGAUGGAGACUGUGUUCAGAAUAGAAUCCAUCUGAGAGUACAGGGGCUUUGUUUGACGGAAACUGAGAUGGGAAGGAACAAAUAAGUGUCUCCGUGGUCCCGAUGGUCAAUAACCUGCAGCCUUGGGCAAAACUGUUCUGGGCAACAGACAAAGUUGUCUAUGGAUCAGGGUAGAAUUUCAAUAGCAUGGGAGGAACAAAAGAGAAAAGGCUCAAACCUCAUCUCCUGACCUUUCCUUUGAUGGACACUCCUCUCCCCAACUUCCUUCAAGCUCCUCAGCUCAGUCGCUGGGUAUUUCUUCACAGAAUGCAAAUCCCUGUGAAAACAUUGCCCUUGGUGACUUUCCUGCAGCAUGAAAUUCAUGACUGAUUUGAAGAGAAGAGAAAUGCACACAGCUGAUGGGGAGGCAGUCCCUACUGAGAUUCUGGGGCCUUUCCAGUCAUUUUUGGACCAGACAAAGCCAGGGUCUUCUCUGCAACCAGGGAAAUGUGAACACUGUGGGAGAGGAGAGUCCAAUCUAAACUCUCCAGGAGCUGAGGUGGCAGGGCCAGAGGAGCAGAGUGACCAUGUGAGGCCAUGGGUAGGUGUAUGCUCCUCUCUUUCCACUUCCAUAGCUGUAUGUCUCAAGCUCUAGUCCUUGUCUAAAUGUUCAGUUUGUGAGCUAAAAAUCUGCUGGACCAGAUGCAAAUAUGGAAAGUUUUCACUCAAGUAGCCCAUGCAGAUGCCAUGCUGUGCUACAGGCCAUUUGACCUCAGAGCCUUCUCUUAUUCUGACUAACGUCACAAGCUCUCUGAUAACUUGUCUUAUUGGGCAAUAAUCCUCCAAAGAAAUCUUGGCCCUGUUUCCUCACCUCUUCCACCCACACAACAGUUUCAAGCAGAUGUGUCCCAUGAGAACCAUAAAAAAGCAUUUCUAGGCCAAAUCUCUUCAGGGACUCUGCCACCACCACGCAAAAUUUUCAGCAAUUUCUUUGAGAAGGCACCAUGGCCUGGAUGGCCACAAUUUGUUUCUGGGCACUGUGUGUUCCCAUGGCUUGACUUGUGUGCUGGAAUGUAUUGCUAUCUAGAGCUGUAGCAUUUCAGCACACAGAGGUGUUCUUACAUCAUUUUUUUCUGAGAGUUUGUUGCUGAAAGGACCCUUAGGCCAGGACUGGAAGUCAAGGUCCACAGUCUGGUCCCUAGCACUUUUGUUUUCUGUGGUCAACACAUGAUGAUAAUAGCAACACUUCCCUAUUCUGCAGAGACAUGAGGGUUCAUUCCAUAAUGUCUAUGAAGUGCUUUGAGACCCUCUCACAACAGACACUGUAGAAGAGCAAAGUGUUUUUAUUAUUGUUUGUCACCAUUGUCUUGCCACAUCAUGUCUGAUGUGUUGCAAUCCAGUGUCUACCUAGAAAGAGAGUGCUGGGUAAGGGGAUGCAGCUCCCCAGACUUCCCACUGCUUUCCUUCUGGUCAUGGUCCCACUGGCAGGCAACAGCUCUUAUGGAUGCUGUUACCCACACCGUGACUUUUCUGCUUUCAUCUCCUCUUGUCUGAGUCACCAUCUCAUUCUGCACUCAGGAGGAAAGCAGGAAGCAGUCACAUUCCUCUGUACAGUAAAAUAUAAUCUGCCUUGAUUAACCUAAUACAUGAUGAAUUGAUCUGUCUUUUUCUCCAACUCACAGGUGGAAACACACAUCUGUGGAGCAUCCAGUUCCCAGAGUGCAUGUGCAGGGACUGGGGGAGGGUGAUGUAGAAAAGUUUAUAUUAUUUCCUACAAACUGAUAAUUAUUUGCAUUCCCCAAGCAGCAACACCUAAUAGUGAGCUGCACUGGGUUUUAUACAAUUAUCUCAUUAAUACAGAUACACGUAUGUAUAUGUGUAUAGAUAUAAAUAUGCAUAUAUAUACAUAUACAUACUGUAAAACGCAGUCAUUAGAUUCCAAAUGACCCUGUACCAAUUUAAGCUUCCAAAACUUAUUGACUCACUCUUUUAAAAGUGGAGAACUAUUUUUAAUGAACCAUGCAGAUCACCACACAGAACAGAAGUUUUGUCACAAAAGACUUCUGAUGACAGUGAAUUGUGUUUUAAGGAAAAAUGAAAUAUUUUUCAAUGUUUUAAUGUUCCUUUUAUAAGUGAUGCUUGGGGAUUGGGGGGGGGGGGGGGGGGGGGGGGAAAAAUUACUUGGAAAUAAGCCCUCCUUUCCUGGCCUAGAUUUAAUUUCUGCUUACAGUUUUGCUAACCUGGCCAGCUGCAAAGUUAAUCCCAUGCAUCUGGGCUUCCUGCAUGUGUAUUUCUGUUCUUGUGUCUAUCAGAAGCUUUCCCACCAGAAGUCUGCAAGAGCCUGGCAUCAAGUUUUUGUAAGAGAUGGGUAGUUCCUGGUAGCGGGGAAGAUUUCUUCUUCUUCUUCCACAACAAACAAAACCAUCAUGAAACAGGGUAACUUUAAUUGUAUUUGAAGUAAGUGUUCUAAUUUGUGAUCAAUUUGCCAUCUGCAGUUCAUGUGAUGGAGAAGUAGCUUGUCUUAGGUUUGUUUCAAAUUUAGUGUUUGGUCCAGAAGGAGGGACUCUGCUGAAAUAUAUUUAACACAUAGAUUUCAUGAUCAGGUGUAUUUCAGUUGAGUAAAAGUUAGUAAGGGGAAAUACGUGAGAAGGGGGCUUAAAUAUUUUCAUAAAAUGUGUUGUUAGCAAUAAGCCUGUGCUGCGGUUGUUUCUUAGAGAACAGCCGCUUCCCUGUUGUGUGUCCAUAAGUGGAGGGUGGAAGGUGUUGUUCCCAGCCUCUCUUAGCUGGUUCAAGGCUGCAAGAAGGUGCCCUGACCAAGCCCAAAUCCCAGCUGGGAAAACCAACAUACACUUCACCUGCUGGGAGCAAGGGGAGAGUCAGACCCAUGCUGUGAACAUGUGGGAAUAAAUCUGCAAGCGAAAUCUCAGCAGCAAGCGAGGCGACUUCCCGCGUCUCCACCACGACCCGUGACGUACAGGAGGUCUCCGCCAGGAGACGCAUGUCGCCCCAUCCCCACCCUCUGCCCAUGUGCUUUGUAUCCACUCCCAGCCUUCUGUCUGUAAACCUGCUAGACAUUUUUGUAGCAAGAAUUUCUUGGCUCUGAGAAAGACACUUCUUACUGUAAUAUUUUUAGUUUGGGGGACAAUAUUUCCUAAGAGGGGUUAAGUGGAUAUUUUUGUGCUUUAGCCCAGUUUAUGGAUUCCAUGUUUAUUAUACAGUAGUACUGAAGAGGAAGUACAUUUGUAUCUGUAACUUUGCACAGACUCUUGGUUAACCAUUAAACAAGCUUCAAGAUGAGCAGUAUUUGACUGUUUUUCUCCGUAUUAUUCUUGUUGUUAUACUUACCUGUAAAAGCACAUUCUGUAUGUACUGUAAACAAAAAUAUUAUCAGUUUAGUACAAUUUAGAGUCUUAAGGAUUUUUCCACUUUUGUCAGUAACAAAUAUUUAUGGAUUCAAAAAUAAAGGCAAUUUCAACAUA